AUGGUUGACAAAGUAAGAUACUAUUUGGAACAGUCGGUUCCCGAACUAGAAGAUCUCAAAACAAAAGGACUCUUUGACAAAAAUGAAAUCACGAUGAUUAUGAGAAGACGUACUGAAUUUGAGUAUAGAAUCGUAGGUCGAGGAAGUACACCAAAAGAUUUUCUCAGGUAUAGUGAGUUUGAGCAAAACCUCGAAAAGCUAAGGAAAAAACGGUACAAUAGAUUGAGCAAAGUUGGGUUGAUUGAAACCAAGCCAAGUAUAAGUGAUUGGGCAGGGGUUCGUCGAAUCAUGUUUAUUCUAGACAGGGCAACUCAAAGAUUCCCAGGAGAUGACGAAUUAUGGGCUCAGUAUCUAAAGUUUGCCAAGGCAAAUGGGGCUAUUAAGGCUGUCUACAAAAUAUAUAGCAAAUUGUUACAACUUCAACCAAGAAAUAUAGAUGCUUGGUUAUCUUCAACAAAGUAUGAAUUUGAAACCAAUGGAAAUGCAAAAGGUGCUAGACUUUUGUUCCAGCGUGCAUUACGGUUGAAUCCAGAAUCAUUGACAUUGUGGCUAAACUAUGCCCAGUUUGAGUUGACAUACGUUUCAAAAUUGCUAGCAAGAAGGAAAGUGUUGGGGCUAUUAACUGAGCUGCAGCAAAAGGCGGACGAGGAAAAGGAGAACGAAAAGGAAAGGGAAAAGGAUACGGAUGAUAUGAUUGCAUUGACAGAUGAUGAAAGACUAAGUAUUCCCGAAAUGAACAUGUUGGGAAAUCCCGAUACCAACCCUGCGUUGAAAGGUGACGUUAUGUUGGCCAUUUUCGAUGUUUGUGUUCCAACUGUUGUCAAGUAUUUCAACCACCCGCAAGAUAAGGCAUUUGAGAUAGCUGAAAAAAUGCUAAAAAUAAUUGACAAGUUUGAGGAUUUAAACAGAGACUAUCUAUAUCAACAUAUAUUACACUAUCUUCAAAGGGAGUAUCCUGAAGAUUUGAGAACCGCAUUGAUUGAUAUAACCUUACCAAUUAGAAAUGUUACCUCGACUAGUAAUGAACUAGCAACUUUACUACAAUUAUCUGUGAACAAAUUCAUAAAGUAUAAAAACACGCUUAAAGAUGAUGCUUUGACCAAUAUGUACACUAACCAAUUAAGCAAUCAAUUCUUGGACAACAAGUCGGCAAAGGUGGACGGUUUAUUAAAAGCUAUUAUAAAGAAAUGUCGAACUUAUUAG